GCCAUUUUCUCAGCCGAGCGCGGGGCGGCGGACGCUCCCGGUACGUUACGUGACGUUGCGUUUCCCAGCAACCGCCCCCUGCAUGCGGAGCGUCCCCGGGGCACGCUGCUGCCUCCGCGGUGCGGACUAUAGAACAAUGUUUGUGCCAAGGUCUCUUAAAGUCAAGAGGAAUGCUGACGAUGACAAAAGCUGUACUGCUAAGAAAAAUAAGUCCUCAUCUGGAGAGCCCUCCUUAGAGGAGGUUACAGACUUUAGUGAUGUUAAGUCAGCUAUUAAAGGAACUUCUGCUUGUGGACAUCAUGUAUGUAAAACAGUAGAAGAAUGCGCAAAGCCACAUGUAUCUCCAUGUUCAGACUUUCACCUUGCUGAUGCAUCUUUGGGAGGAGACAACCAAAAUGCUGAUGGAGACAGCUCUAAUGUGGAAGAACCCAUAAAAUCUUUUAGCAAAUUUCAGCGUUGGGCAGAACCUGGAGAACCCAUAUGUAUUGUUUGUGGUCGGUAUGGGGAAUAUAUUUGUGAUAAAACAGAUGAAGAUGUUUGUAGCUUGGAAUGCAAAGCCAAAAACCUUUUGCACGUUAAGGAAAAAGAAGAAUGGUUAAAAUCUGAUGGGGUUAUGAAACCUGAAUCUCAAAAAGAAACUUUGCUUGACAUCCCUUAUGUCUAUAAAGAACAUCCCUUUAUUUUAAGUCUACAAGAGGACCAAAUUGAGAACCUUAAAUUGCAGUUAGGUAUUGCUGUUCAGGGUCAAGGCGUUCCAAGACCUAUUAUAGAGUUUGAACACUGUGGUUUUCCUGAAAUUUUAAACUAUAAUUUAAAGAAUUCAGGCUAUGAAGUUCCAACACCUAUCCAGAUGCAGAUGAUUCCUGUUGGACUAUCGGGAAGGGAUAUUGUGGCCAGUGCAGACACAGGAUCAGGAAAAACAGCGGCCUUCCUGCUUCCAGUUAUUAUUAAAGCUUUGGAAGAGAUUAAAACACCAUCUGCACUUAUUCUGACACCUACAAGAGAGCUAGCAGUUCAGAUAGAGAAACAAACCAAGGAGCUGAUGACAGGUCUGCCAAACAUGAGGACAGUUCUCUUGGUUGGAGGUUUACCGUUACCGCCCCAGCUUCAUCGCCUUAAACAAAGUGUUAAGGUUAUAAUAGCAACACCUGGAAGACUCUUAGAUAUUUUAAAACAAAGCUGUGUUCAGCUCCAUGAUAUAAAAAUCGUAGUUGUGGAUGAAGCUGAUACCAUGUUAAAGAUGGGUUUCCAGCAGCAGGUGCUGGAUAUUUUGGAAAACACCUCCACUGAUCGCCAGACCAUACUGGUUUCGGCCACAAUUCCAGUAGGUAUUGAACAGUUGGCAAAUCAGCUUCUUCAGCAUCCUGUGAGAAUAACUAUUGGAGAAAAGAACCUGCCAUGUGCCAAUGUUCGACAGAUUAUCUUGUGGGUAGAAGAACCAUCUAAGAAGAAAAAACUAUUUGAAAUAUUAAAUGAUCAGAAACUCUUCAAGCCUCCUGUGUUGGUAUUUGUAGACUGCAAGUUAGGAGCAGAUCUGCUGAGUGAUGCUGUUCAUAAAAUCACAGGGUUGCAGUCCAUAUCCAUACAUUCGGAUAAGUCCCAAACCGAAAGAACUACUAUACUGCAGGGAUUAUUUCAAGCGAAGUAUGAAGUUGUAGUAAGCACUGGAGUCCUUGGAAGAGGGCUUGAUCUUGUCAAUGUCAAACUGGUAGUAAAUUUUGAUAUGCCCUCGAGUAUGGAUGAAUAUGUGCAUCAGGUUGGAAGAGCAGGGAGAUUGGGUCACAAUGGAACAGCGAUUACUUUUAUAAAUAACAACAGUAAGAAGCUUUUCUGGGAUGUUGUGAAGAGAGUAAAACCAACUGGAACCAUUCUUCCUCCACAGUUGCUAAAUUCCCCUUAUCUUCAUGACCAAAAGAGAAGAGAACAACAGAGAAUUAAACAGUUACAGAACAGUGUUGUAACAGGUGAAAAUCUUAUGGACAUUAUUAGGAAACAUGACAAAAGUAAUCCCCAGAAGUGAUUAAUGUGACUAUUUAUUACUAAAAAUUAAUUUUGUGUAAUUAUAAUUAAAGUUCUGUAUUUCAGUAAAAAAUUAAAUGUUUAUUUA